AUGGCUUUCAUCGUGUCCAAGCUCGUUCGGGCAGCCCUAGCAUCACGCCCCGUUGGAGAUAUUGCUGGCGGCAUCUCCCCGUGUCUCCCCCGGCUCUAUCUGACUGGCGGUACCAUCCGUCGCAUGUCUGCAGCUGCAGACGGUUCUGAGUUAGAAGAAAAUCUCAGACUCAGUGACUUCGUGCCGGACAUGGAUCCAGAAACCUUUCCCCUGGUUGAUGAGAAUUCCAUUAAGUCCAAGGAAUCCCUGUGGGCCUUGUAUAGACGCUGGUGCGAGUAUCAUGAGGUAUCCCGUGACCAUAAAGAAAUGACCCACCGGUUCAGGUCAUUUAGGGCUUGUGCAAUGGCUGUGUACAAAGAUAACAAUUCUGGAUCGUCGCAAGUGUCUCAACUGGGCCCAUUUGCAGAUAUGACUAAGGCAGAGAUUGCUCGGCUGUUUCCUCCUCGUGCUUUGUUCAGGUGCCAAGUGCAGUUUGGGGGGUCCAGGAGCCGGUGCAGCCCUUAA